AUGUUCAAUCCUCGGCAGAAAUACACGAAAAUGCCUCGCUCCAACUCCAGUUCUGUUUUGCUCCUGCUGUCGCUGGUGGCGCUGAUGACGCUGUUGCCUUUCGCCGCCCAAGCCCAGAUGGUGCCACGCGGUCAUUGCAGGCCCUUACUCCUGCGCGUUCCAGCAGGUGCCCAGGUCUGCGAGCGACAGUGCUACUCGCCCGGCAUCCCACCAUACAUCUGCCGACGAAUGCCUCUAACCACUGAUGUCCGCAUCUGCAGCGGGAUCUGCUGUCGCUCCGGCCCCUAUUGCAUGCAGUUGCUGCGAACCUAAUUGGAUUAUUUAUUUCACUUACCAAUUGAUUAGAAAAUAUAAAGAUACAUACAUAUAUCUUAA